CGAAGUGGACCAUAGCGGUGGCCAGGUAGCAACAGAGGGGAUAAACAUUGCUGAAUGCUCGUGAACAGACUGGGAUCGCCGCUGCACCCCGUAGGUCACCAGGCAAGGAUAUAUCCAGCGCUCAUCGACAGUGCAGACCGCGCCGGCGUGGAAGCGUGCGUGGGAACGAGUGUGCGCUGCUGCUCCCACAUCCUUCACUUUCCUUCGCCUUGGCUGGGGUGUGACCGAAAUAGGUAGAUCAUGUCGCAGCCAAGCACCACGGACCAGCACGUCGGCGACGUCCUUGCUCGCCCAUCGGCAGGGGCAGCGGCUGGCGCUGGAGAACCUAUCGCUGCAGCUUCCAGCAACACACAGUCCACGUCUUCGUCCCCAAGUUCGGCCCAACCGAUCCUGAGCACAAGGCUGACCGGGGCCAGUCCCAAGAAGGCGCCGCCAGCUGGCAAGAAGAAACAUAAAUCUGUCAAGAGCCUGACGCGUGAAUACGAGACACAUAACGUGUCUCCUUCGUCCUCUUUCACAUCCUUUCCUUCUAUCCCCAGCUCGGCGGACGUCUCGUCCUCUUCAUCUGGCUUGACGCCACCGAAGGCUUCUGCUGCUUCCUUGCAGGGGCAGCAAGCGAGAGAUCGGGCCAGCUCGCACGGCUCUCUCACCGCCAGUGGUCAGCACGCUCACCAAGCGUCCGUAUUGCUCGCCAGUCCAUCUUAUCCAAGUACCCUGAACAUAGAAGACCCGCGACCGCGCACGCUGAGCGCCAGCUCCACUUCAUCUUACUCGGCACAGCAGCACGGCCGCAGUGCUUCCUCGGUCCGUCUGGCGAGUCCAAGCUACCCGUCUUCGUUCUUGCCGCCUGAACGGCAGAGUUCUUCCGGCACAAAUACGGGCAGCGGCAGCAGCAUGACUACGCAGAUAGCGACGACAGCAGGGGUACCCUCCUCAUCGCGAGAGACUCACCCGUUGAAGAUGCACAGGCGCAAACAGAGCAAAGAAAAGGCUGAACGGGAGCGCCAGGAGCAGGAGCGUUUGAAACGUCACCAGCCCCAGCAUGGAGGAGAGAGUAGCGAGCCCAGCGGUCUUCCGAUAGUGUCCAUCUCAACAGAUGACCUGUCCAGCGCGCAGGUGCAAACAGAACUCGAAGACGACGAGCUGUACGAAGACAUGGAUGCUGUCGGCGAGCUUGGCACCUCCUCAUCUUCGUCCCUGGCGAACGGCCUUUCCUCCAGCAAUGGCGACUCGCACAAGCCAUUCGCGCAAAUGACGCCAGCAGAACGGCGAGAGCACUCCCGCAGACACUCACGCGUACACGAGAGGAAUCUGUCUGCUUUCUUCCCGCAACCCGGCACCGAGGCGGAAGAGGAAGCGGAUCAAGCAAAAGCUAAGGCUGCCUACGCAGCUGUGGGCGCAGGUCCUGAUCCCAUCAAGGAAGCGGGCCGACCAGCGAUCAACAUAUCCUCCUCCCCGGAUUUACUCCGAGUCGCACCCUCGAUGGAUCGGCGUAACUCUUCAAAUACAAGCAGCAUUGGCAGCUUCAUAAGUAUUUCGCCUGCUUCGGAUAUGGAGCUUAGUCCCAGCAAGAGCAAGAGGGGUCACCACCACAGGCACUCAGUCAGCUUUGCGGCAUAUGACCAGCAGCCAUCUGCGACUGACACCGCGAUGUACCUCAGCAAAAGCCACUCGCAUGAUCACCACGAGCGCAUGCAAGGGUCUCAUGAUCAUCACCAUCGCCAUCACGACCACGAUCACGGUCAUGGUCACGAGCAUGGGCAGGCGCAUGCUGUAGAAGCGCUCAACUCGCCGGGCAAGCUUAUGCAGCAUCUACCGACCUUGCCUGCCUCCGCGCGGCCACGCUUCCUCUUCGGCUCGCUGAAUUUUGGGCUUGGCGCGGCGCUGUGGGUGGCGGGGCAAGCGGGCGAUUCGCUUGCCGUCACCGGCUUGGGCUAUCUUGUCGUCUUUGAUGCUUUCGGCGUGCUCAGCGAGGUCGGGUCCAGGAUGGCGCAGGAGAGCUGGCGCCAAGAGCUGGAUCGGCGAUACAGAAGCGGCGGGAAGAUGAUGCGUGGGCACACGUCCGUCGAGCAGAUCCGCCGACCGUAUGGCCCGCAUCGCUUCGAGACGAUCUUGCACUUCUCCCAGUCGAUCUACCUGCUGUUCUCGGCGAUUUACGUGCUGAAAGAGUCGAUCGAACAUGCGCUGCUCGAAGGAAGCGAGGAGCACGAAGAGGCGGAUGUCGGACUGGUGCUCCCGACUUGGUUGUUGCUGCUUGCUACGGCUGUGUGCAUCUUCUCUAACGUCGUGCUCAAGAACCAUGCCAAGCUCGUCGCCGCAUGCGGCAUCUCCACCGCCGCGUCCGCCGCGCAGAGUAUGUACUCUGGUGGCCGCGGCGGUGGACACCACGCGCGUCGUACGUCUGUUCUGACGAGCCCGACGACAAUCGCCGGUCCUUUCCUCGGCCUUUUCGCCAAUCCGUUCAGCUUGACCGUCCUCUUCUUCUCAGCCAGUCUGCUCUUCUCGGCAGUGUUCAUGCCCCCGUUCCAGGUCGCAGCGUUGGACAAGGUGCUGGCAGGGCUAGAGAGCCUCAGUAUGUUCUGCAUCGCUUACCCUGCAUCUAAGGCGCUCGGCCUCGUCUUGCUGCAAACAGCGCCGCCACCGGAUUCACCGCAGUAUGUGCAGCUGAUCAAGGCAUUGCAGAGGCUCGAAGAGGAGCCACUCGUGACAUACAUUGCACCACCGCGGAUAUGGCAGCUGACGCCGUCGACAUCAGCCGUGACCUCGAGCGACGGCGCCUCUCCACGCAAGCACAACUCGUUUGCCAACCUCACACAAUCGACGUCCCGUGCCCCGGCACUCAUCGCCAACGUGCAAAUCUUCCUCAAGAGCGAAGCGAGUGACGCAGAGCUGCACGACUUGACGCGUAAAGCGUGGGAGCGGCUCGCACCGAGUGUGGGUGCCGUGGCUGGCCUGCGGGCCGGAGAGAGCUUGCGGGGCGGAAUGCGUGCGGGCGAAAUUGUCAUCCAGGUUGAGCGCGAAGGCAAAAAGGAAUACGUUAUGCAGCACCAUACUCAUGCACAUGCCAGCGAUCAUCACCAUCACCAUCAUGGCCAUGGACACAGCCACACAAACGACCAUAGCCAUGGUCACGAUCACGAUCACGAUCAUCACCAACAUGAGCACCACGGCCAUGCUCACAGCCAUGUCCCCGAUAUUUCACAUUCUCACUCACAAGGCAUUGGGAAUGGCAACGGCCACUCGCACGGCCAUGCCCAUUCGCAUGCUAGCCAUGCACACGCAUCCGACGCAAGCAACCACGCAACGCAUGCCCAUGUAGGUUCGCAUCACCACCACCAUCAUUGAAUCGAUGACCCUUUGCAUACAAAA